AUGGCGCUGUGGGGAAUUGCGUAUGCAGCCGGGCCUAACUACAACAAGGCGUGGAGAUAUUUCGACCCAGAAGAUCGUCAGUUUUCCAUCAAGAAGGUCAACGACAUCCUCGCCCGAGCGUCCAAGCUAGCGAGUCUGGCCACACCAGUCGAACAAGCGUUGAUUGGGGCAAUCGGUGCUCGUUUCCCACCUAUUGAUAACAUUCCCGAGGAUCUGAGCCCUUUCGACCGCGCGUAUGCUGAUGCAAUGCGCUCUGUGUAUCAUAAGUUCAGCAAUGAUGUGGAUGUGGCUGCGUUGUUCGCGGAAGCACUGAUGUGUAUAACUCCGCGCGGGCUAUGGGACUUGAACACUGGUAAACCAACCGGGGAUCACACAGUUGAGGCUCGCGAAGUGAUUGAGCUGCAACUGAAGCAGACUUCUGGGCGCAAUCACCCAGCAAUCUGUCACUUGCACAUACAUAUGAUGGAGAUGUCGCCAUUUCCAGAAUUGGCUCUGCCGGCUGCGGAUCGACUUCGUGGUAUGGUUCCGCACGCUUCACAUAUGUUACAUAUGCCGACGCAUAUUGAUGUCGCGGUUGGCGACUACCGCCGUGGUAUCGACUCCAACCAUGAAGCGAUACUUGCAGAUGACGUCUAUUUUGCCCGGGAGACGGGUACAAUUCAGUACACGGCUUACAGGGUGCAUUACGUUUGUGCUAAAUUGUAUUCCGCCAUGAUGUCCGGCCGAUUCACAGACGCGAUAUCCGCAGCAGAAAAGCUUGAAAAGAUCAUUGAUCCGGAGCUGCUAUCCAUCAAAAGCCCGCCGAUGGCAGACUUCAUCGAAAGCUUCGUGGGAAGUAAGGCGCACGUGCUAGUGCGCUUCGGACGCUGGGAGGAGAUUCUUGACCUCAAGCUUCCAACCGAUCGCAAUACAUACUGCGUAACUACAGCCACCAUCCAUUACACCCGUGGCCUUGCAUUUAGCGCACUUGGACAGAUUGCGGAAGCCGAAGCCGCUCAAAAAGAAUUUGAAACGGCUCGUAGGGCCGUUCCUAGCUCCCGACUCAACAGUAUUCCAUGCAAGGAGGAAGAUGUUCUCGCGGUGGCCUCAGCUAUGCUUGCUGGUGAAUUAGAAUACCGGAAGGGAAAUAUUGAACAUGCGUUUAUUUCCCUUCGGGAAGCCACUGUGCGCGAGGAUGCACUCGCGUACUCUGACCCGUCUCCCUGGAUGCAGCCAGUCCGCCAUGCGCUCGGUGGCCUGCUCCUUGAACAGGGCCGGGUUGAAGAAGCAGAAACCUUGUUCAAGCAAGAUCUUGGCUUCGCCCAGGAGUAUCCUCGGCGUAAAGCGAAGCUCAAUAAUGUGUGGGGGUUGCAUGGUUUAUACGAAUGUUUCACUCGCCUUGGAAAGAGUCAAGAAGCUGCUUUUAUUCAACCUGCACGGGAUAUUGCUUUGGCAUCUGCUGACAUUCCAGUGAACGUUUCAUGCUUCUGUCGAACCUCUGCGGUAGCAAAAGAUGGAUGUUGCUCAUGA